AUGAAUCUGCAAGACACGGAGCUGCUGGCCAGCGACUGUCCACGCAGUUGCCUCGAUGGGGUCCCCGUCGUGUUGGGCAUUGAUGAGGCUGGUCGCGGACCCGUGAUGGGUCCGAUGGUCUACGGCGCUGCGUAUUGGCCCGUGCUCGAGAACGACGCCAUGUGCGCCUUGGGCUUCGACGACUCGAAAGCGCUGAGCGCUGCGAACAGAGCGCUUCUGUUUGAGAAGAUGCGAUCUACUGAGGGACUCGGGUGGAUCGUGCGCUUGAUUUCGGCUGCCGAGAUUUCGGACAAGAUGCAGCGCCAGACGCGCAACUUGAACGAGAUAUCGCGCGACGCAGCUAUUCAGCUGAUCAAAGAGGUGCAAAAGAAAGGGGUACUGGUGAAGCAGGUGUUUGUGGAUACGGUAGGCGACCCGCGCUGGUACCAAAGCUUUUUAACGAAAGAGUUUGGCGGGGCCAUUGAGUUUCGCGUUGAAAAGAAGGCGGAUAGUCUGUUUAAGGUUGUGAGUGCUGCGAGUAUUGCAGCCAAAGUGACGCGCGACCGCGUCAUUAGCGACUGGAAGUGGGAGUCAUCAGCGCUCGACCUUCCGACGGACUUUGGUUCUGGUUAUCCAAGUGAUCCCAAAACGAAGACAUGGUUGGCGAAUCAUAUGGACGAAGUAUUCAUGUUUCCAAGCAUCAUUCGCUUUAGCUGGGGCACUGUCGAACCGUUUUAUGAGAAGGCUGUGAAGGUCGAGUGGCCGCACGAGAAAGAGCUUGAGAAGGUCAAUGCUCCUGCUGGGACUCAAUCGAUAACGUCGUUCCUCGCCACGACGCCAAAGGAGAUCGGGUCUAAGAUUACUGCCACGCGCGCCGCUUUUUUUACACAGCGAAAUAUGAACGACGUGAAUGAUUUUUAG